AGCUGUUCCUGCGGGAAGGAGGGAGGUGGCAACAGCGUCCGCCACGGGAGAAAGAGAAGGAGGAGGAGGAGGAGGAGGAGGUAGAGGACACUAGCACGCACAGAGGAGAUGGGAGCCCAGCGCUCGGGCUAGGCGGCGUCCGCAGAAUGAGCGGGGACAGGCUGGAGAAGGGUCCGGCGGCCCUAGCGAAGGACUGAGCACCGCGGAGAGAACGAGCGCCCACUGCAGCCGGCAGACUAGACGGGAGCGCUGGAAGAGUGAGAAACUGAGGCCCUGAAAUAAGAAGAUAUCUAGAGGACGGCCACGUUAGAGUAAAUACCAGAGACACUUUAAGGCUGCACGAUGCUGUGGUCCCUCUGGCUUCCGCUCCUGUGGCUGGCCCCCUGCGCCGGGGCCAUCCGCCCCUGCUUCCCAGGCUGCCAUUGCGAGGUGGAAACCUUCGGCCUGUUCGACAGCUUCAGCUUGACCCGGGUGGACUGCAGCGGCCUGGGCUCCCACAUCGUCCCGGUCCCCAUCCCCCUGGACACCACCUACCUGGACCUGUCCUCCAACCGGCUGGAGACGGUCAACGAGUCCAUGCUGACGGGGCCGGGCUACACCACUCUGGUGGGCCUCGACCUGAGCUACAACCACAUCGCCCAGAUCUCCUCCAGCACCUUCUCCCGCCUCCGCUACCUGGAGUCCCUGGACCUGAGCCACAACGCCCUGGUGGCCCUGCCCGAGGAGAGCUUCGCCAGCUCGCCCCUCAGCGAGGUGGACCUGAGCAGCAACCGGCUCGCCGAGAUCUCCCUGGACGCCUUCGCCUCUCGAGGCCACGGGAAGCCCCUCAACGUGGAUCUGUCCCACAACCUGCUCGCCCGGGUGAUCCGGCCGCCCCUGGACCGGGGCCUCCCCAACAUCCAGAGCCUCAACCUGUCCUGGAACCAGCUGCAGGAGGUGCCUGACCUCCAGGGCCUCCCUCUGCGCUACCUCAACCUGGACGGCAACCUCGUGAGCAGGGUCCGGGCAGGGGCCUUCUCCGGCCUCAAGGACCUCAUUCACCUGUCCCUCAGCGGCCUGCGCCGCCCCAUGGAGCUCGCCUCCUUGGCCUUCCGUGACUUGCCGAGCCUCCAGGUCCUGGACCUGUCGGGCAACCCCAGCCUGCGGUCCGCCAAGGCCGAGGUCUUCUCCAGCUUGAACUCCCUGCAGGAGCUGAACCUGUCCGGCACGGGGCUGGCGGCUCUGCCCGACGGGCUUCUGAAAUACCUCCCGGCCGUCAAGAGCAUCACCCUGGGAAAGGACGUCUGGUGCGUCAAGGUGGUCAAGGAGGGCCAGUACCGGCGAGAGACGGGCCGGACCAGAAAGGAGGUCUUGUACUGCCACGACGGCCACGGCGCGGUGGCCCAAGCCCCCUUUGCCUUGUGAUAAGCCUCGCGGUGGCCCCCACCAGAGGCGGACGCAGGGAAGGCCCCUGGAGGGUCUGUCCAGGGAAGGGUGGCACCCACACGGAGCGAGGGGAGAGGGGAAAAGCCUACCUCCCUUACAGACACGGAGGCCUACCCUUGUGCCAUUUGUUUUUUGUUUGGGGGGGUGGUAAGCCUGCUGAUUUAAUUUAUAUUUAUAUGUGCCAAUACCAGAUUCAACUCCUGUGUGUGUGUGUGUGUGUGUGUGUGUGUGAGAGAGAGACAGACAGACAGACAGACAGACAGAGGGAGAGGGAGAGAGAGAGAGAGAGAGAGAGAGAGAGAGAGAGAGAGAGAGAGAGAGAGAGAGAGAGA